AUGGGCUUUCGUCGUCCGGCUUUUACGAAGCUCUUAUUCGAAUCCCCUUCAGUGGUCAACGGCGAAGAAGAAGAGCUUAAACGAGAAGACUUUGAUUUCGAGCGACGUCUUGGUGAUGGAGCUUUUGGCCAAGUAUGGAGAGUCAGGCACAAGAAAACCUCGCAUUUAUAUGCACUGAAGCAAGUCCCAAAGGAUAAAGUUACUAAAAUGCUUCCACAAUUUCGCCGAGAAGUCUAUAUUAUGUAUGAGCUAAACCACCCUCACAUUAUAAAACUUUAUAAUCACUUUGAAGACGAAAAGAACUUUUAUCUCAUCAUGGAACUUGCUGAAGGUGGCAACCUAUUCCACAAACUCUACAGAGAAAAACAAUUCCUAGAGCGUGUGGCUGCUCAAUACUUCCGUGAAGUCGGCUUGGCAGUCGAGUAUUUGCAUUCGCAUGUCCCAGCAAUUAUUCAUAGAGACAUAAAACCUGAAAAUAUUUUGCUUGACAAAGAUGGAAGAUUGAAACUGACUGAUUUUGGAUGGUCGAAUUACUAUUCAAAAGAUAACGCAAUGCCGAGAUUUACCACUUGUGGGACCUUGGAGUACCUGCCUCCAGAAAUGGUUGAAGAAAAAGGGCAUGACACUUCAGCUGAUAUUUGAUGCCUGGGGAUUUUAUUGUAUGAAAUGCUGAAUGGCUCGACUCCUUUUAAAGCGACGGUCAGGGACCAAAUGUUGAGAAAUAUUGCGAAUGGAAAACCAAAAUUCCCUCUGACGUUUCCUGCAUAUGCAAAAGACUUGAUAAGCAAAAUGCUGGAAAAAGAGCCUGCGAGACGCUUGACGAUCCAACAGGUAAUAAACCACAAAUGAAUGCUUGACCAUCCUCCUAUGCGAGCCACAAUCACGCAGGAGCUGCAGCCAAAGCCUCUUCCUGACUUAAAUGUAGAAAACCCAAACAUCCCUAAAGGCUACGUUGUGAUUUCCAAACAAGAAUCCAAAAAUUCUACAGAAACCUCAGAGCAGCCUGAAGAAGCAAAAUCGCCCACAAAAAAAGCAUCCCAAAAUGAGCCACUAGAAGCUAUAGAAGAAAUGAAAUCACCACAGCCCAACUCAUAUCGCCAGAGCAUCCAACAAAUGAAGCACACUCUCUCACAAAAAGAAGAAGAAACCAAACUAGCCCGUCACAAGCUGCAAGAGCAAGCCCAUGCAUUACAAAAAUAUGAAGAAAACAUAAAACUUUUAGAUGAAAGAAUUAAUGAAAAAAGAAAAGAACUUGCCUUGCUCACUGUCUCUGAAAAAGAAAUGCUGCUGAAGAUUUCUGAUGUAAACUUAGAAUUAGAAAAACUACAGAGUUCAUGUGAUGGCCAUGCCACUGCAGAAAAUAAUGCUAUUAAAUCUAAAGAAUUGCUAGAAAAAGCAAAUGAGGUGAAGCUCUCGCAGAAAAAUUUAGAAAAUUUAAGAGAGGAGGUAAAAAUGAAAUCUAUGGAAAUUAAUGAAAAAGAAAAAAAUUUGAAUUCCUUGCAGAUUUAUCUGAGAAAGCUGCUUGAUGAAGCACAAAAUGAAGGAAAUGAGAAAAAAUCGAAAAUAAAUGAACUGGAAAUAAACUCUGAUGUACUGAGAACGAGGCUGGAAACCCAGAAUAAAACAGCAAAAGAGUUCGGAAACGAUGAAAAAGUCACUGCUAAUGAAAUAUGGGCUAUAUACAGACUUACUUACUUACAUAGUCUUUAAGGUGUCUAGUGCCCACACCCAAGCCUUCUAUAAGGCUAGUCGCCAGAUAAAUCGCCGCACAUCUCACCCGGCGCGUUGCCGUCGCUCGCUCCGACUCAGCUCCUGCGCGUGUUCCGCCUAAGGGUCAUCCUCCCGUGGGGAUGUGCUGAGAGGUAAAACUCCAAGUGUCUUGAAUGCACUGAGAGCCGUGCCUUUGGUUAUCCCCAAAGUUAAACGGCUGUUGCUGUGCAGAAGUUCUCAAGAGAAAACCCAACCCCAUAAAUAAAAUUCCAUAAGGGAGAGAAAAUUGUCAGAGCCAAUUUCUCUCGAACCGAAUGCCAUUUUAUUUAUGGGCUAUAUACAGACAAGGUAUUCUGAGCUGGGAAACCCGCUCACUAGCUUAGAAGAAAAAAUAAUAAAAUCAGAAGAAACCAUCAUAGAGACUGAGCAGCUUCUUACUCCCUCUCUGUGAAUGAAUAAAAAAAUUUUGUUCACUCACGGAGGGGUUAAUUUUUUUUUUUAAAAAAAUUUAUAUCUAAAUUUAUAGAAAAAUAUUUUUUCGAAAUUUAAAAAAAUCCUAAUUUACAAAAAUUGGGAAGCAAAUAUUAAUUUAAUUUGUAAAAUUUAUGUUUUUAAAACGCAAUUCGUUUAAAAUUAAAAAGAAUUAGCUCGAGAUUUCAUUAUACUAAUUAUCACUUAUAUAUCAAAUUUUUUCUAUUAAAAAAAUUUUUGUUCACUCACGGAGGGUGGGUUUUUGAGCAGAAAAUAGGGAUUUUUCUAAUCGUUUUGUUCACUCAAGUAGGGGGAGUUAGCAACUCCAAGCUUGAUUUUGAAGAAAGAAGAGCUCAAGUAGUCCAAGGCGCUCGGAAGAAAAAAGACGAAAUUGCUAAAAAUGCGAAAAAAAUGGCAGAAGAUGCACGGGAAGAGUAUAAAAAUAAAGUAGAGAUGGAUAAACAGGUGCUUAAAGAGGAAUUAAAUGAAGCGAGAAAGCUAGAAAUUAAAUUUUUUGUGGAAGAUGUUGAAAUUGACCAUGCCAAAGAAAAAAUCAAUGUAAGACAAAUGUAGUCUUUGAAAAAAGAUUUAGAAGAAAGAAGGAAAAAAAUCGCAGCACUUCAAGCAAAUAGAAAAGAAAGCCAAGCCAGACUUAACACAAAGAAGAAAGAAGUGGAGGACACUGAAAUGGAGUAUGGCACUUUAAAAGCUCAAAUGUUCCACAACCCGCAAAUUUAUGAUGAAUUAUAA